AUGAGUUUGUUUCAACCCCAAAACAAGCGCACGGCCGCAUCCCCGGCAUCUGAUACUCCACCCUCAGAGAACGUGAGAACACCGACGCAAAACCCGCAAUGUCCGCAACUUCUUACAUCUUCUCAUAAUUCCCUGACACCAGUGGCCCCGAAAUCACUAAAACCAGCACGACCAACCAAGGCUACUAAUUUCGAACCUGUCAGACUCAAUGGGAGGAAUUGGGCCAAGUUGGAAGACCAAGAGGCUCAGUUGGCAGCAUAUCUCAAAUUUCAGAAUACCUCCGACCUUCGAGAAUUCGCUAUCUCAUGGCCGGUUUUAUUUGCCGAAAAGGACUUCGCACUAGCGGCCCAAAAGACGACAAAAGCUGGUGUAUUGAAACUUCUGUGCAAUCCAGAAUCGAGAAGUGAAAUCGUGGCUGUGGAUUCAUCUCCCCAGUUGGCAUGGACCUGGCGGCCAGGAGAUCCUAUACAGUACCAAAACAUCCAGAAACGGAAUAUUGUGGCUUGGACUUUGUGGAAGAUGGUAUUGAACGUCAAACAAUACAAGGCUGCCAGUUUUGCGGAGAAUCUGGCGCGAACCCAAAUUGAACAGGUGGAGUUUCUGAAACGCCAUACAUCCGAGAAAAUCGGCUAUACCUUAACCUUCCCAGAAACGAUGGACAACUUUCCAUGCCCUGAGCUUGGUCCCCUGAGGGACAAGGGGGAGAACGAACUUGAAUGUUACAAUCGUUGCUGGGAAGUGCUCCGAUAUCUAGGCAGUGGGUUUCAGAGGGGAAACUGGAAGCGUCGAUUUGCAAAUAUCGAGGUUAUGAAAAUGGGACGCACUGUGAACCAAUCGCACGCCCCGUCGUGGAUGCAGACGGCAGCACAGUCUGUUCGCCCCGAACCAUCACGACCGAUUGAGAUCCAGAUAUGCUGGGUGCACAACGAACGUGUUCCGAUGUACAAUGAAACGGUGCGUGCUAUUGAACAAGCCAAGAGCAGACGAGUGGCUGUGCCCAGUUCAGAAUUCAAAUUCCCCUGGGACCCCCGCGUUUUCGCCAAUGUCCAGCAGUUUCGUGAUACUAUUCGGCGCUGCCUAAACUGCGAAGCAUUGGGUCUAGAUCUGCAAAGCCUUCAGGUCCACUGUUAUGAUGAAGACGAACAUUGUCAUGAGGAAGCGGAUGCUUUCACUCAGGAUUGGACGGCAUUGAUAGCUUUCUUUGAAAAUUAUCACCAUGCCAAAUUUCUUCUCGCGGUUCGCCUGAAACCUUUCGUUAUCCAUGAUCCAGUGUUCUCUAUUUAUGAGGAUGGUAAUAUUCCAAUUGACCCGCUCCUCUAUCUUGCCACCCCGGAUUUCGAAAUUAAUGACACAAACGAAACUCCCGAUACCCCACAAAGUAAAGGCUAG